GUAGUUAGGUUGUUUGAGUUCAACACAAGGAUGACAUACCCUUUUGAACAAAAUUCAUGAUCACCCUUCACUACAUAAAGCCUUGACACGCAUGGCAUAGAAGCACUCAAGCAGAGGCAAAACAAAGACCCUAUUGCAAAUGGAACUGUAUGGUCUUUUACUUGUGAUCUCUACCUUCUUAUUAGCCACUUAUAUUUUCCAUGAAAUCUCAAAUGCACUUUUCAUCAAGAAGAAAAAUCUUCCUCCAGGCCCUUUUGGCCUCCCACUCAUUGGGAGCCUCAUCACAAUUAGACACGGAACCCAUCAGUCUCUAGCCAAGCUAGCCAAAACUUAUGGACCUCUCAUGACUAUAAAGCUCGGAUUUGUUAAUGUUGUCGUUGCAUCAUCUGCAGAAAUGGCCAAGGAAAUUCUGCAGAAACACGACGCUGAAUUCGCGGGACGGCCUAUUCCAGACGCUGUCACAGCAGAAAAGGGGUAUGAGCUUGCGUUCCCUUGGCUACCAACCGGACGGCAGUGGAGGAAACUACGAAAGAUUUUCAACAGCCACAUUUUCAUGGCCCAGAAGCUGGACUCACUAAGACAUUUGCGGCAUGAUGUGGUGAAAACGAUGGUCGAACGUGUGGUUGAAGCUCAGGAAUGUGGCAAAGCAAUUUAUAUUGGAGGGAUAGUUUUCAGCACGAUGAUGAAGCUGUUGUCGAAGAUGUUGUUCUCUGCAGACAUGCUUGAUCCUGCAUCUGAUGCUAUGAAAGAGCUACAAGUGCUUAAUGCCAACAUAAUGGUGCUUGUGGCGAAGCCUAAUCUUGCCGACUAUUUCCCUUUCUUAAGGCCUUUUGAUCCUCAAGGGAUCAGGCGCAAAAUCCGGGUGUCGUACGAUCGGUUGCAUGAACUGAUCGAUAACAUGAUUGAUCAACGGAUGAAGCGUCGGAGAGCUACAUCAGAGAGGAGUGGAGACCUCUUGGAUGUUCUUCUUGAUUAUACUGAACACGAAGAGCCUGAUGGACUUACACGUCUAGAUGUGAAGCUUCUCAUUGUGGAAAUAUUCAUAGCCGGCACAGACACCAGCACCUCAACGGUGGAAUGGGUUAUGGCAGAGCUCCUUCACAAUCCAACCAUUCUCUCCAAGACAAAACAAGAACUCUCCGAGAUAAUCACACCUGGAGGAAUAGUUCAAGAACAAGAUAUCGCUCGACUUCCAUAUUUAACUGCAGUGAUAAAAGAAACAAUGAGGAUGCACCAGACAUCGCCACUCCUCCUGCCCCAUCAGGCCGAGCAAGAUGUAGAGAUUCAGGGAUACACCAUCCCAAAACACACUCGAAUUUGGGUGAAUGCCUGGUCGAUUUCCAGGGAUGCUACAUACUGGGAGAAGCCGACAUGCUUUAUGCCGGAAAGGUUUCUCAAUGUGGACAUUGAUUUCAGGGGCAAUGAUUUCAGGUUCACGCCGUUUAGUGCUGGAAGACGUAUAUGCCCUGGAAUGAAUCUUGCUGUAAGAAUAGUGGCCCUGAUUGUUGUUAACCUCGUUAAGACGUUUGACUGGAAGCUGCCGAAUGGGAUGGCACCUGAAGACAUGGACAUGACGGAGAAUUUUGGUGUGACUCUCCGCAAAGCUGAACCACUUGUGGCCAUUCCUGUGAGAAUUACAACCUGAUGCAAAAUUUAAAAUUUCGUGCUUUUGAUAGUAAGUAAACAAUCUUCUUCUUCAUGUUGUGCAUGUGCUGCUAUUAUGGUUACAAAUAAAUGUUGUUGAUUGUACAAACUGGGUAAUUUGAUUUUUCCAUCUGAAAUCUGGCUGCAAGUUCAACAUAUCCAGAUAGUGUUUGCAGAAA